UUUCAACCGUUGAUGUUCAACAAGCUUUAGAUUGCUGAGUGUCUCUUGAAAACAAUGCUUAGUUUCCCAAGUCCCUUAAAAGCUUAAGAAAAUGUUGUCUUGUUUUUUGCAUAUGUGAAUGAUUCUGGAGAUUAACUAAACAGUUCUGAUUAUGUAGCCAGGAGAAGGCAGGGUGUACUGACUGUUUUUGCUUUUGUCUCACUUGGAACCAUUUCACAAUUGCAGCACUAAGUUCAACUUUUGGUAAGGAUCAAUGCAAUUUAAGCUAAAAAAUCCCCACACAACACACUAGGGAUUUGUGAGAGUGCUUUAAAUAUGCAGAAUUAAGACAUUUGAAGCACAGAGGAAUUUUAUUGUGUUUCCCAUUCUUCUAUUACGAAGUGGUUGCCAUCUUUUCCUGAAAGAACUUAGGUCAGCUCUAAAGGCAGAGUUUGCCAUCGAUUUUAACACUAGGUGAAUUGAAAAGCAAUGAUAAAUAAUCAUAAAAUGUAUCAGAUUUUUUCUGAGACCUAACAGCUAACUUGAUUAUUUCUGUGCAUUUUGUAAAUCUGUAAAUUCAAAAUCAACCUUUAAGUCCGACUUGGAUUUUUAUUUCCUUCCAGUGUCAGCUCUUGAGCUCAUAGAAAUUGUCUUGCAAUGAAAAAAGUUGUAACUGAUGAUAAUGAUGUAGCCAUCAAGUGAAACUGCUUUGCUGGUAUUUAUGUGAAUCCUUACCCACUAACAACUCAACUACAUGGAAUUCUGGUGAUUAGACUGUUACUCACACUUGUCAUCAUGUUGGCAGAAGGCAUCUUAACUAGGCUCAUAUAUAAAGAUAUCUGUCAUCAAGAUAAGCCUCACAAAUCUCAUGCAGCCAAAAAGGAUAAAGAGGGAAUCUGGAGAGAGAAACUUGUAGACAACCCAAAAAUUAAAGGAUCUGAUGAUGGACUUGGUCAUCUGGACAAGAUCUCUGCUGAAAGUAACAAAAUGGAAAUCAAGAAUGGUCUUCAACAGAGAUCCACAGCAGAGUUACCUGCAAAGAGUCAAACUACAGCGGUUAGGAGAACCGUAUCACGAGCUUUGUGUGUCCCCAAAAGAGAACAAAGUAAUGAACAGACAGAUCUGUGUCGAUCCUGGUCUUGCAACAGCAUUUAUCAAAACUACCCUGACUUACAUAUUGGGGGAGACCACGUGGGAGACCAUACAUGCGAUUCAGGUUGUGUUUUGGACCAUGUGUGUGAUGACCUUUCUGACGGCCCCGUUAUACUGUCUGUAGAUAUUCCUCUUGGUCAGUCUCCCCUGUGUGAGCAUCCUGAAAAGCCAGGCGUAAAUUUCCUGUCUGGAGAUGAAGCUGGAGAAAGAAGCAUGAUGUUCUGUGAGGAGCCUCUUUCAAACUCUCUGCUCAACAACUAUAUGGAAGCAAAAGUGGCGGAGCUCUAUAAGCAGCUUUUUGAAGAAAUCUUGACCAGGUGUGGUUCUGUAAGAAACCUCCUCACUUGCAAUUUAAUAAGAAAUAAUGUGGAUCAGAUAAGCUUUCAGAUAUCCCAGGAGCAGAACAUAGAAACAACAAAAGCCAGAGAAGUGCUCUUACAGUCUUUAGCUUUGUUUAGUUUGUGCAACACUACCAAUAGAAGUAGCUCUGAGUUUAGUACUCCAAAUCUGCAAAUAUCAAACCCAGCAGGUGAGAAAAAAUGCUGCAGAACGUGGUUUGCAUCGUGUCUGAACUGCUCAGCUGAAGAGAUGAAUACAGAUUGUAUAUCAGUGUUUCAUUCUAAGGACUAGAUUGGAAAAUGAAAGCAUGUAGGCACCACAGACUUAAUGCUUAAGCCAUACUUUGUCUAUGAUCAUCAUUAGCAGAGUAAGUAAAGGUCACUGUCCUCUUUUUUCUCAUGCAGAAUUUGAAAUGCAUUCAUCUCUAAAAUUCUAUUUGAUUUCCCUCUAAAAAUGUGUAUGACCUCUUUGUAAGACUGUCUGUAUGAGUAAUGUACUCAUGUUUCAUUGGAUUUACUCCUGCAAGAGUAAUCAAUCAAGGCAGAAGUGCUGGUAAAACUUUUAGCUGAGAGACUGAUCCACUCACCUCUACGUAAGAGUCCUUGCUGGGCUUUGGAUUGGGCUGUAGAGCUGAAGCUCAAAUUCUGGAUAUUGAAGUACAAAUUUUGUUCUGCAAAGCUUGAUCACAGUGGCUGAGAAAAGAUUUCUUUGGUUUGAAAAUCUUGUCAGCAGAUGGAGGUGCUCAGGACUGAAUUAUUUUGUGUCUGGAAUCAUACACAGGAAACGUAUCAACAUGAAACAUCAAUCAAGACACUCAUUGCAUAUGUAUGUUUAUACUGCAUAGAUAGAGUAUGUCACAAUGAAAAUCUAGGUGAGAUAGCUGAUCGAGAAUUUAAAAACACUUUCUAUAAAAAUGUUUUUCUUUUAAAUAAAUUUUACUUCUUUUAUGAAA